GUCUAGGAUUUAUUGCAGAAGAGGACCGAGUCAAUUGCCCAUUCUAUUUCAAGAUUGGGGCAUGCCGCAACGGCGACCGCUGUAAUCGUGCUCACAGCAAGCCGACCAGUGGCAACACGAUUCUGAUUCCUCACCUGUAUCCGUGCAUCCCAGAGGCCAUGGCUGUUGCUAAUGACGAUGAGUGGGACGACGAGACCUAUGCCCGACAGCAGGAGCAUUUGGAGCACUUCUACGAAGAAGUCUUCCUGGAGUUAGCCAAAUUUGGCGAGAUCGAAGACAUGGUCGUGCUGGACAACGUCUCAGAGCACAUGCUCGGGCACGUCUACUGCAAGUAUUUCCAAGAUGACGAUGCUGCCAAGGCGCUCCAGCAGAUGUCCAACCGGUUCUAUGGCAGCCGUCUCGUCAACAUUGAGUUCAGCCCUGUUGCGGAUUUUCGAGAAGCUCGGUGCAGGGCUUUCCAUGAGACGCGUUGCGCAAGAGGGGGGAUGUGCAACUUCAUGCACAUCAAGCAUAUUCCCAAGGCAGUGAAGCGAAACAUCGUGCGGCAGAUGUAUGAAGCACAUCCAGACUAUGCAGGUGCCAAAGCGGCGCUAGCUGGCCAGCCUGCAAAGAAGCGAAAGGUGCGUCCUCGAAGCCCUCAAGCAUCACGUUUAUUUCAGGAACCGUAA